UCAAUUAGGUCGUGCCUUCGCCAUCCUGGGGAAAAAACAUCGGUAACCGGACACCAGCAGCUGCUCACAGCAUAGCAGAUGAGCUAGCUAGGAAAACAACAGAGGACCCGUUGAGCGACUGAGGCAACAACCAUGGGUGUAGGACCGAAAACUGCUUAAAACAUACUAGCUCAACUUUAGCUGCUAAUUGGUUGUUAAUAGAGCUCUACCAAUGGCUCGGCUGGUUUGCUAACCUCGGGGUGCGAGCAGCGGUUCAGCCAGCACAGUGGUGGUAGUUAGUUAGCUGGCUAGCUAAACUCAACCAUGACAGCUGGUGGACUGUAGUUAGCAUCGAUGAAGCUGCUCAGCUCCGGCUUGGCCUCGGUAAACAAGUCGGACUGCCUUGUGCUCAGCUAGCUGCUUACCUGUCUAACAAGGAAGAAAGCCCCAGAAUGACAGAUGAUGUCGUCCUGUUGAACGUACCUGCCAUCCGGCAGCUGUACCACUGGGACUGCGGGCUGGCCUGCUCCAGGAUGGUGCUCAAGUACCUCCACCCGGUCAGUGAUGAGGAGUUUCAGAGUGCAUGCUGGGAGCUGAAGCUGACAGAGAGUGUGUGGACUAUUGACUUGGCCUACCUCAUGUGCCAUCUGGGGAUCAAACACCGCUUUUGCACUCAGACUUUGGGUGUUGACAAGGGCUUUAGGAAUCAGUCCUUCUAUAAGAAGCAUUUUGAUACAGAGGAAGAUCGAGUGAAUGAGCUCUUCCUUAAGGCAGAGAGUAAAGGUGUGGUGGUGAAAAAAUGCUCUGUGACAAUUCAGGAAAUCCAGGCUCAUCUGGACCAGGGCCACGUGGCCAUAGUGCUGGUCAACGCUGUCGUCCUGACAUGUGAACUCUGCUCCUCACCUGUCAAAUACUGCUGCUUCCUCCCUGUGGGCCAGAAGUGUUUCUGCAGAAAGCCAGAGUACCAGGGUCAUUUUGUGGUUGUGUGUGGCUUCAACAGGAGCACCGGCUGCAUAUUCUACAAUAAUCCUGCCUACUCUGACCGGGUGUGUUGCACCAGCAUCAGUAACUUUGAGGAGGCUCGGCGGAGUUACGGGACAGAUGAAGAUAUCCUGUUCAUCUUCAAGGAGAGCUGAUGGAGGAUUUGAAUCCCACUCGUCCAGUCCCAUGUACAUUGUAGUGACAUCAAGGUGCUGCGGGUCGCCCGUCUGGACGCAGCGGCUCCUGCUUCAAGCCAACCGUCACAGAUUCCUUUGGCCAACCUCUCUGGUGCUAACAUGGCCGCCCGCUCACAGAAAGAACAUUUCACUGUUGCAGAUUCAUUGCCCCGGCCCCCAUCGCACAGACAAUAUCACUCAACCCUUGAAGGAUCAACAGCCAGAAGGCUUAACAGCGCAAGUUUGUUUUGUUUGUUCUUUUGUUUUUUGCUGGAGAUGAGCAGAUAAUUUAAAUUAAUUUUAUUAUGUCUUUCUUUAAGUUUUAACGUAGUAGCUUACAGAUGUUUUUUUUUUUUUUUUGACAUCUCAAACUGUCAACAGACUUGAGAAAAUAGAGUGAAUGGGAAUAUCAGGAACUUUGAGCUGUAGUAGGAACGGCAGGCAAAUAAUGUGCUCCAAAAUAAGGUCUGAUGGCAACAUAAGCACAUUUAGCAGGAAUUGUGAUCAGUGUAGAAGUCUAUGGGGUUCCUCUGCAGCCACAACACUCACCUCAACUAGUCAGUCCAUGAAUUCUCUGUAACUACCUUGACACUUUUUGGUGUUCAGUCACUUCUUAGUUCAGUUAUUCUAUCAACAGGGAAUAGAGGGAGUAAUUGUAUUUUGAAAGUCUCAGGUAAAAUAAAGCCCUUGAAGUGUGACGUACACAUGAAUUGACAAAACUUGUCGUGCUGAAUUCAAUGCAAUACUCCAUAGUUUGUCUAUGGAAGCACAUCUGCCUGGCAAAGCUGCUUGGACAACACUGACAGCCGGCCUGCUGCUGCUGCUGCUGCUGCUGGACGGACACGGUGACUUUUUCAAAUGUGAGUUCACUUCUGUUUCAUUCACAUCAUUGGAAGAGGUGCUCAACACCAUUUGGUCUAAGUUUAGAUGACCCCUCGCAGGGUCACUUUGAUCCUGUGGCAGAACAUAGCUCAAGAUUUUGGCAUGGACAUGCUCUCUGUUGAAAGCAGCGAUUAUUGGAAACUCAAUAUGAUGACAUUAAUUUUUCUCAAUUUCAUGUUUUAUUAUAAUUUUUUUUUUUUAAUUUUCGUAUCAUGGAUGAAGUUAUUGCACUAUGCUUUUCAUACCAGACAUAAUUAUGUGUUAUUUAAAUUAUCAAUUUUACCAUGAAAUGGCUUUUCUAGAUCUAUAAGGAAAAUCUGAUUUCUUUCUGGUGGAGCAUUUUUCAUAUGAACAAAUGGCACGUUUGAAGACGCAAACUUUAUUUUUAUGAAACAUGCAAUUGCAUUAUGUGCUGUAGUCAAUAAAGGAUUUUGAACACA